UCCAAAUUAAAAGGUGAUCCCAAGCACACAACUGUGAAUCCAUCCCACAAUCAUUAGUACCCAGCCCCGCGACCGAGUCCCAGAAUCUCUCGUCGAAUGGCGCCCAACCAGCACGACCUUGAGCGGAUUCGCCAGCAGAUCGUGUUGGCCAACAUCCAGGAGCUGCUCCAGAAGAUAACGCGUCGCUGCUUCGACGUCUGCAUCGCCAUGCCGGGACUGGAGUUGCGCUCCACGGAGCACGACUGCCUCACCAACUGCAUGGAUCGGUUCAUGGACUCGGUUCAGGUGGUGUCGUGCCAGUAUUUUCGACGCCGGCGUCGCCAUCAGCAAAUCCGUUUGGCCCGGUCCUCCGCCUCCUCCGCAUCACCACCCGCAUCCGCAUCCGCAUCCGCAUCUGCAACCGCAUCCGUAUCCAUACCUAAGUCCGCAGCAGCAGCCGCAUCCGAGUCCGCAUCUAGUGCCGCCAAUAACGAAAAGGUCAAAUGAUGAUUGAGUCCAGACAGAUGUGCAUGUGCCAUGUGUGCAGUUCAUUCCAAGCCCAAAAAGAAGGCAUAUGUUCCGUCGUAACCCAGAUCCCUAGUGUACGUAGGUGAUGGCCACCUGUCCCACUGAUCCCCAGAGCUUUCGAGGAUGAUUUCAUACUUCGAGGCCUUUGGUUAGGCACG